GAAUUAAUGGAAACGCUAAUAAGCGUAGUGGCAUAUGGAGGGAAUCUCCUCCUUAAUGUUGGACCAACGUCAUGGGGCACCAUUUCACCAAUAUUUGAAGAACGUCUUCUAACAAUGGGCCAGUGGCUAAAGAUAAAUGGAGACGCAAUUUACAGGACGAAACCAUGGAAGUACCAGGUGGAUAGCAAGCAGAAAAAACUAUGGUACCUACAGAAAGACAGCUCAGUGUACGCUCUAUUUAGCGAGUGGCCAAAUGGAGAGUCGAGCCCGACCAUUAUUCUUAGUCAAGUCAAUGCAACACAAAGGUCAUCCAAAUUUACACUUCUUGACGGUGGAGGAGGAAUAAAUCUUCCAUUUACUGCGGAUGGUAGUGCGGUGAAUAUUACACUGCCAAAGGCCCCGCCAAUUGGAACAUUUGUUGCGUGGGCGAUAAGAAUGGAUGGCGUUCAACCUAUUUAA